CAAAGAUAUACAGCGCUUGUAGCACUUUCAGCUUCCUCCCCUUUCUUUCCUGCAAUGUCGCGGUUUCUUGUCCUUGCCGUCUGGCUCACUUUGGCAAACGCGGCGAAGGACAGCACGUCUGCAAACCCAGAGCCAAUCGAAACAAGUGGACUGAAGAAAGCAGGUAUUUGCCGUUGCGUGUGGCACUGCGCGCCGAUCUCACUUUCUCCUCCUGUUUCUCUCUGUCAGGUCCUGCAAUGCGCUGUGCCGAGUGGUGGCUGGACCACGAGCUGUUCGGCGCCGAGCUGGCACGAGAAAAGGCCGCCUCGGCCAACGAAUGCCAAAAGGAAUGCCAGGACACCAAGGCGUGCAGGUUUUUCAGCUACUCCGAGCAGCGGGGCUGUCACCUCAGGUCUGGCAUGGGCAAAUCAUACCGAAUAGCCGCCGGUGCUGUGGCCGGACCGAAGAGCUGCACCCGAAUCCCCGUCAGCGAAUACAUGGCGAGAGGUACGGAUAAGUGCAGGGGCUUCUGGCGAUGAGCAUUGUUUGUUGGUGUGCAGGCCCUGCCAAUGCGUUGGGUGGGCUUGUCUACGUGCCCCUGGGCAACCAGAAAGAUCACUCCAAGCGAUUGAGAUCGGUGGCCAAGGACCCUAUCGGUGUGCCGUAUGAUUAUCCGUUGAAGACGUACUUGACCCCCGGCUUGGAGUCAGACUACACGUGGGGUACGUCUGCAUAGGUGCGUGAUGCUCGUCAACCCAUGUGACGAUUGUGUGUGCAACAGCUUCGGUGCUGACGCGCAAGUCCAGGUCCAAUGGGAAGGUUCGCUACACGCUCCUCCACUAUGACACCCAGGCUGGGCACACUACCACGGUUUCGCUGCACGGCUCCGAGAAAGCGGAUGGUGGUGUUCUUGCCGUCACCGAGGCAGCGUUCCCCUUCGCUGCCACCUCGACGGCUAGGAGCAAGGCAGGCUGUAGUGGAGGUCUGUCAUGUUUUCAAUUCGAAAGUUUGACGGACGUCCUCUUUCAGGGCAAGACGCAAGGUACUCACUCAGGCGUGCAUGUUUCGGUUUCAUUUUCAUUCGUUCCCCAUUUCUGUACACGUAGGCCUGAAGAAGCAGCUAGGACCUCAUCAUGCAGAGACCUUUGUCCUCCGCGCGCAGUACGUGCCGCCUGCUGGCCAAGGCUCUGCAGGCCCGCCACUGGUCACCUACAUCCAUGUCAAGCCCCCAGCUGAUCACAAAGCGAACAACGACACGAUCGGUCAGCCGCUAGGUAGGAUAGCUUGGGAAAGGCCAAACAUGAUGGCUCCACACACCUAUUGUGGUGCAGAGAGGUGCAUCACAGACCUGGCUGCGGCGAGAGAGCGUCGUAUCUGCGCGGGGACCAAUGUCUCUCUGUCAUCCGAGGAGUGCUUGGUGAGUCGCUCAAUGGGCAAAACGCGUUAAUGAUAGGUUUUUGAUGUGAAUAGGCCCGUGACUGCUGCUAUGACGAGCUGCCUGUUUCGUUUUUUGCUCCUGACUGCUUCUAUAAGAGUACGGAAGACCGACGAGGGGAUAACAGUAAUGUGUAUGUUUGCCUUCUUUGUUUGGUCGCCUGCAGCCUGUGGUGCACAGCAAUCCUCCUGCCCCGAUUGGGUCAGCUGAAUCUAUCUAAACUAUGAGGCAAUCCAUCCAUGUGUCUUGCCACCUGACAGGUCACGAGUCAAGGCACAGGCAUAUCCCCGACGUUGCGAUGCGGCAGCCUUGGCGUCAAUGUCACCAACGCCGACAACUCGAGUCGCAUUCGUGGAUACGUCAACUGCAGGGGUGCACCGGGGGACGGCUCAAUCUUCCGCUUUCGUGGCGCUGGGACAUGGACACAGAUCUAUCCCCUGGAGAUCACCGAAGCUGCCAUUGUCCGCAUUGCCACGGGAGCGAACAACUUCGAUCCCAUCCUGGCGCUGCUCAGCGACUGUUGCGGUGAACCUGAGGCCUGCAUCUUCGCCAAUGACGACGGGCCGUACAACCUAAAUCCGAAGAUUGAGAGGCUGCUGCAGCCGGGGUCUUAUUUCGUUGCCCUCGGAGGGCUCACUGGGGACACAGGCAAGGCAAUGCUUGAUGUUACGGUGAGAGAAGAGCAGACGCACAGACAUAAUUGAGCUCUGUCCACAUUUGCUUGCUGUUGUCUGCUGCCUUCUCUAGUGCUCGCCGGGUGGGACUAAUUGAGUGGACGGAGUGCGACGAUGUGGCCGGCGCCUCGUUCGGCAGGACGCCGUGUACUUAGUCGUUGCAACGCGGACGUAGUGGAGGACGCCGUGCAGAAGCUUGACCACCUUUCUAUUUUUCAGAUGAUGAAGUGCUCUCUCCUUCAUUGUGUUUUGUGCACAAGUGUACAUGAUACACGUAUGUGUCUAACCGCGAUUUAUCUAUCAUCAUUCUUGUUCUGCACUUUCAUCACUUUCAUAUUUCAGCGUAUCUGUCCUCUGCGAGGUGUGUUUUGCUGUUUGUCGCUGACCACGGCUUCCCUGGUUUUCCUUUGCAUUAGGUAUGUUGCACGUCCAUUUAUUCAUGAGAUUUAGGCCUAAUGGUGCAGAUAUUGCGGCGUAUGCAUGGAUAGUCGUCACAUGGGCGGGUGGCGAGGCAGAAAUUUUCUCCGGAUUGCCUCACGUGUGUGCUGGUGUUGCCGCUGAUAGAUUGAGAUUUUUGAUCUACUGCACUGCGUCUUCGACUAAGUUGAGUACUUUUAGAGACAGAAGUCAUACGCAAUCGUACUCCACCUUGACAUUCUUGAUUCUUGACAUUCUCCACAUUAUGAAGCGUCCGAG